AUGGCCACGCCGGCCGGCGCCGCUGAUGCGGCAGCUCCGGCUGCGGCCAACGGGGCCGCGGGCGCCCCCACCGAUCCCGGUGCCACAUCGGCGGAGCCUAAGAAGGCCUGGUACAAGCUCAACGCGAAGACGUUAUUGACGAUACGCAACUUCUUUAAAAUCUUCCACUAUGGAACAUUACUCGACAAGUUUAUCAUAGUGGGGUCAAUCAUUGGCGCUAUCGGUGCCGGCCUUACCAUGCCGGUGAUGAACAUUGUAUUUGGACAACUGGUCGGCACCUUCACCGGGUUUUUUAUGCAAGGUACAUCAGAGACACAAGAAGACUUUGAGAAAGCAGUCAACCAGGGAGUAUUAUACAUCGUCUAUCUGUUCAUUGCCAGGCUCAUCUUGACAUACCUCUCCAAUCUGGGCUUCCGCAUGACGAGUCUUCGCAUCUCAGCAAAGAUUCGCCUGCACUACCUACGAUGCUUAUUCAACCUCCCAAUCUCAAUGCUAGACAUGUUGGCGCCUGGUCAGACAGCCGCCAUUAUUACCAUCACCGCAAGUAUCUUGCAGCUGGGUAUCUCCGAGAAAAUGGGACAGUUCUUCUCUAGUCUUGCAGUCGUCAUUGCAGGGUUUACCAUCGCUUUCGCCUACAACUGGCUUCUCACACUAACGACGAGCUCCGGGCUGGUCUUCAUCGCCAUCGUGUAUGCCAUCACCACGCCGCCAAUCAUCAAGAGGUUGAAGGAUGUCCAGGACAUGGAUAUCCAGGCUGCCUCCGUCGCGACCGAGGCUUUCAGCUCAAUCCGAAUGCUUGCUGCGUGCGGUGCCGAAUUCAAGUUGCUUGCAAAGUAUGGAAUAUUGGCAGAUCAAUCACGGAAGAGGGGUGCUGGUAUGGCUUGGCUCAUUGCGGUUCAACAAGGAUUGAUUUUCUUCGCCAUCUACGCAACCUUCGCUCUGUCAUUCUGGUACGCUUUCCAGAUGUACACUAUGAUGGCCCUGACGACUCCCACAUCCUUGAUCGUUGUUCUUCUCUGCAUUAUGAUGAUGGCCUCCUCUUUGGGUCAAAUCACUGCGCCACUACAGUCCGCAUCGCAGGCCGCCGACGCCAACGCCAUCUUCCACACCAUCAUAGACGCCCCCAAAGCUACGUACGGAACGCUCAGGGCGCCCGAGGUCUCGGCCGCUGAAGAUAUCGUUUUCCAGGCCGUCAACUUUGUGUACCCCAAGCGUCCCGACGUGAAGAUCUUGGACAACCUGUUCCUCACGUUCCCUGCCGGCAAAGUCACUGCCAUUGUGGGUCCUUCGGGUUCCGGAAAGAGCACAAUCGUUGGCAUUCUGGAGAGAUGGUACGAGUUCAAUGGUGACAUGCAGACUAAUCAACUGGUUCUCUGGCUCCGCAACGGUAUCAUCAGUGUCGGCGGCCGGUUACUCAGCGAGAUCGAUCCCAAGUGGUGGCGUAGUCAAAUCGGCUUGGUCCAACAAGACAACGCUCUCUUCAACACUACUAUCUUCAAGAACGUCGAGUACGGUCUCAUCGGGACUGAAUGGGAGCACAAGUCCCAGGCGGUUAAGGCAAGGCUGAUUGAAGAGGCGUGCAAGGACGCCUUUGCCGAUGAAUUCAUCUCACGUUUGCCAGAGGGAUACCAAACUGAAGUUGGUGAUGCUGGUAUCAAGCUCAGCGGUGGUCAGCGCCAGCGUCUCGCCAUUGCUCGUGCCAUCGUCAAGCAGCCCAAGAUCCUCAUUCUCGACGAGGCCACUUCCGCCAUCGAUGUCCGCAGCGAGCAGAUUGUACAGGCCGCUCUCGACCGUGCAUGCAAGGGACGCACAACCAUCAUCAUCGCCCAUCGCCUCGGAACCAUCAAGAAGGCCGACAACAUCAUUCUCCUGCGCAAGGGCCAGGUCGUCCAGCAGGGUACGCACGAAGAGCUCAUGUCCCAGGUCGACGGUCCUUACCACCUUCUGGCUACUGCACAGAAGCUCGACAUGGGCGUCGAAGAGGAAGAGGAUGUCCUCUUUGGUGACCUCAGCUGGAGACGACCCGAGCCUGAGCGUCUUUCUGUUCACAAGUCUCUUCAAGGAGGCAGCAGUACCGGGGAUCUCACCGAGAAGAGACCCAGUAGCGAGGGCACUUCCACGGGCAUGCUUCAACAUCUCCACGAGAUUAACGGCUCUGACGAGGAGCUCGAGCGCAUCGAAGCCGGUAGCUUGAGAGUUGUCAGGGAGCCAAGAGGAUGUCUCGGUCGAUGGAGAGCAUUCCACAUGUUCGGUAGCUUUGGUCAGCUGCUCGGCGAGCAGAGGAAGAGAUGGAAGACGUACAUCAUCAUUGCAUUUGCAGCACUCGGUGCUGGAGCGAGCACUCCCGUUCAAGCUUACCUCUUCGCGGUUCUGGUUUCUCUCUUCUCUUACUGGGGCAACUUCCUAAGAGUCAUCGCCAAUCAUUGGUGUGAGAUGUUCAUGUAUCUCGCUACAGGUGUGGGAGUCAGUCACUUCCUGCUCGGCUGGGCUACCACCACCAUCGGCUUCGGUAUCGUCCGCGUCUAUCGCAAGGAGUACUUCCGAAACAUCAUCUACAAGCCUUCUUCAUUCUUCGACGCCGAGGGCAACUCCGCUGGUUCCCUGACGGCCCGCCUCGCCACCGAUCCUACCAUGCUCCAGCAGCUCCUAGGCACAAACAUGGCUUUCGUUCUCAUCUCGCUGUUCAACGUCAUCGGCUGCGUUGUCGUUGGUCUCGUCUUCGGCUGGAAGCUCACCCUUGUCGCGCUCGGCACAUCCAUGCCCAUCAUCGUGGCAGCCAUGUUCUACCGUGUGAGGCACGAGACCAGCUUCGAGACUGCCAACAAUGCCGUCUUUGCCGAAAGUGCCAAGUUUGCGUCGGAGAGCAUCAGUGCGAUCCGCACCGUCUCUAGUCUUACGAUGGAAGACGGAAUUUGCGACCGCUACGACAACUUGCUCAGGGACCACAUCAAGGAUGCUUUCCGCAAGUCUCGCUUUUCCGUCAUGGUCUUUUCUUUCAGCGAUAGUAUUUCGCUGCUCUGCAUGGCUUUCGUACUUUGGUACGGUGGCAAGCUGCUUGCCGGGCAUGAGUACACGCCCUUCCAGUACAUGGUUGUCUACAUUGCGGUUGUUCAAGGCGGCAUGAGCGCCGGUCAAUGGCUCAGUUUUGGUCCCAACAUUGCCAAGGCAAAGACAGCAGCCGAUCGCAUCCUGGCUCUCCGUGAGAACGAAGACGACGACAACCAACCCCAGAAGGGCGUCAGCGACAUCAUCCCCUACGAAGUUCACUACGAGAAGGGUGUCGAGAUCGACUUCAAGGACGUCUGGUUCAGCUACCCCACAAGACCCCUCCCCGUCCUCAAGGGCCUGGACCUCAGAAUCGAGCGAGGCCAAUUCGCCGCCAUCGUUGGACCUUCCGGCUCCGGCAAGACGACGAUCAUCUCCCUCCUCGAGCGCUUCUACACCCUCCAGGCCGGCGGCGAGAUCUUGUACAACGGACACGACAUCAAGACGCUCGACCUCGUCAACUACCGCAAGAACAUCUCUCUCGUCUCCCAAGAGCCCAAUCUCUUCACCGGCUCCAUCCGCGAGAACAUCCUACUCGGUAUCGAAGACGAGGACGCCGUCUCAGACGAAGCGAUCCACGCCGCGGCGCGGGAUGCAGGUAUCCACGACUUCAUCAUCUCUUUACCCGAGGGCUACAACACCCAAGUCGGCAACGCCGGCGUCACACUCUCCGGAGGCCAGAAGCAGCGCGUCUCCAUCGCGAGAGCGCUCAUCCGCCGGCCGUCGCUGCUGCUGCUCGACGAAGCGACGAGCGCGCUGGACAGCGAGACAGAACGCGGCGUCCAGGCCGUGUUUGACGCCACCAAGGGCAGCCGGACGAUGAUCAUGGUCGCUCACAGGCUCGCGACGGUGCAGAAUGCCGACGUCAUCUUUGUCAUGGCGGACGGUAAGGUCGUUGAGCGGGGUGAUCACGCGAGUUUGAUUGCCGAGAAGGGCAUUUACUUCCAGAUGUGUCAAUCACAAGCGUUGGAUAAAUAA